CCCCCAUCAACAUUCCUCCAUCAUGGCUCCCAUCCCGGAAGAAAUGAUUAUCACUGCAAGAGAUUCAGUGUUGAAAAUGGUGAAUAACACGCGGCAUAAGACAGAGAUCGAAAUUGCCUGGAGACGACUCCACCCUAUGCAGCAAGAAAUCAUGAUGAAGAAGAUCGUUAAUAGGCUGACACCUGAACUAUUCGAUGUCCCCGUGGAAAGCGUAGUCAAGUCGCGAAUUCUUGCGUCUUGGAUCGCCGAUAUGAUGCAAGUGAUGAGGGCCUUGAAGAAAUCAGGAUCUGGCUCGCUAAGAAAGGCGGUAUUGACGUCAGCGACCUGCAACCGUGACAGUUUGCAGUCAGAAGCCGAUGAGAUGUCGAAAACCACUACGUGAUUUUGAUAGAAUAGAAAGUCACGCCAAUGUUGCCUCAAUGACUAGUUGCUGUGUUUUU